AAAUAUGUUUUUAGCAGUAAGUCACAAAAUAAGGAUAAUGGGAAAUCGAAAGUUUGCUAAUCAGGAUUUGGGCAAGGACUCCAAGGUGUCAUAGGUCCUAGUUCACUUCAACUUCAAAACAGGAAAAUCUAAAAAGCCAAAAGAACUCUUGGAAAUCCCAAGAGAAGUAUCCUCUAAAAAUGAUAGAACUCAAAACGCAGACGAAUUCCCGGAAAAAAAGACGAAACUUAUAGCCAUGGCAGGUCGACUGUUGCGCUGCAUCCUAAUCCUAAUCCUCGUCAGCUUUACUGUCAUCUCGUACUUUUCAAAAUCAAGAACGAUGGCAAAACUUGACUUUUUUAAAACCUCAGAACCCGAUUUCAUUGCAACUCAUAUGGUGUCCAAGAAUCCUGGUGCACAGGGAAAGAUUCGCAGGAGACUGCCACUACGUACCUUCGCAGAAAGUAUAGAAGACGCAAAGGGAAACAGUAGUAAGAGUCACACACAUAUACAAAAUGGUUUACUUAUUUCUAGCGACCGAAGCACGCAUGCAGAAGCUUUAUUUUCCUCAAUCAUAAGCAGGGGAACCAGGAAGUACAAGUCCAUGAAUAACGACACGCUGCAGAAGGGAUUUUCGAAAACGUUUCUAGAUUCGAAACACAUUUUAGGGAGGAAACCAAUGGAAUUGUUAUCCAUAGAUACCGAAGUACCCGUCCGAAUGCCUCUGGUGGGAACCAUCUACGAGCAUGGUCACCAGGAGAAUGAAAUCGAUAUGGAAAGGAUAUGUCCCCGGGGAGGAGUAUUUACAAAGUUAUUGAUUCUGAUCACCUCAGCGCUCCAUCAUGGGCCGGCCAGGAUGUCCAUCCGGCAGACGUGGAUGCACUACGGGACCAGGAGGGAUGUGGGCAUGGCAUUCGUCCUGGGACGAGGCACCAACAAGACCCUGAACAAAGCCGUCGAUCGAGAGGAUUUCAUGUAUCGCGAUCUAAUAAGGGGCCACUUUAUAGACUCCUACAGCAAUCUCACUCUGAAGACGAUCUCCUUGCUGGAGUGGGUGGAUCUUCACUGCCCGAGGGCAAAGUACAUCCUCAAAACGGACGACGACAUGUUCAUCAAUGUGCCCAAGCUAAUGACUCUGAUAUCCACGCUCAAAGCCAGUCGAUCAAUCUACGGCCGGCGUGCUGAGAACUGGAAGCCCAUUCGAAAUAGGUGGUCAAAAUAUCACAUAACCAAAGCUCAGUAUGCGAAGGACAGCUUUCCCUACUUCACCACUGGACCGGCUUACCUCCUCACCGGAGACAUCGUUCAUGCCCUGUAUAUGCGAUCGCUGGACACAGCCUUCCUCAAGCUGGAGGACGUCUUCACCACGGGCAUCGUGGCGGGAAGUCUGAACAUCCGGAGGAUAAACGUACGCCAGAUCGCGAACACCCGCACAAAGUUCGAGGCAUGCCACAUUCGCGACAGGAUCUCUAUCCAUAUGGUGCGAGCUAACGAGCAGUAUGAGCUCUGGAAGAUGUUGCUAGACGACACCGUCAAAUGUGUUAAAAAGUGAAUAGAAAACUUGUUUAUUUAAGCGGGUAGUCUUCCAUUGUUUUGAGGUUGAAAAUCAAAAUAAAUCUUUAUAUUUAUAAAA